GCUUCUUGUGGUCGUUGUCGGCAGUCCCGAGGGGGCAGGCAGGGCAAACACACACUGUCUUGUGAUACGAAGAGACGGACUCCUCGACGGUGAGCCCCCCCAUACUUCAUUCAUCGUCGUAAGUAACGCUUCGAAGGCGAUGGGGAUGGUGGGGAGAGUCUCCUUUGGAGCGAACAUUGGUGUGACAGUCUGUUUGGCGCUGCUUGUCGUCCAUCUGGGCGGAGCGAGUGGUUUUACGAUCGGCAAUAUCUGUAAUCCGCUUUUGUCGGCCAGAGGACCAUGGAUUAAUGGUCAGGCAACCUUCUACGAUGACCAUGGGCGGGGCGGAGCGUGCGGCUAUGGAAGUUUGGGAAGCCAGCUCUUCGGAGGGCGAUAUGCGGCCGGCUCGCCUAGAGUGUACUUAGGCGGAUUGGCCUGCGGAAUGUGCUUUGAGGUUAAGUGCGUGAGGAGCACAGCGUGUAAGGCCGGUUCUGUUCGGGUCACGAUCACGGACUUGUGCCCGCCGCGGGCACCUAACUCGCGAUGGUGCGGUGGAGGUAAGCUGCACUUGGAUAUGGGAAGACAAGCCUUCCCCGUGAUUGCCAAUCCGAGAGCAGGAGCGGUGCCGAUCCAAUUCCGCAGCAUCCCGUGCGCGCCGUACAAGGUGCUUAAACUGCAUUUGAGGGGAAGCAGGUUCUGGCUCGAGGUGACCGCCCUGGCCAUUCCCGGAAGUGGGAGGAUCUUGAAGAUGGAGGUGGCGGCGGCCGGUGGCAAGUGGGUGGCCAUGAAGCGCGCCUUCGGAGCAGCAUGGGCAGUCACUGGGCAGCCAAUGCGUACACCUAUCUCCGUGAAAAUUUCCAUUUUCGAGCUGCCGAGUUACAAUUACUGCACAAGACGUCCGUCAGGGGCAGCUGAUCAUAAGUUGCUCGGCUCUGUGAGUUUGAAUUGAGUAUGGUCUGAUUGAGCCUGAAUCCGGCGUUGGAGAUCUCUUACAAUGCACUCGUUAUCAGAAUGCAUUGGUUAUCAGUGAUGGCAUGAUGCGUCAGUGUAUGCACACAGAUCGUGGCAAAACUGGUACUAAGAGAAAGCACGGACAUACCGGCUCGAUCGAUAAGCCCGCGAGCAACUCGCGGACUUGGAUGAUCUACGUCCGGAUGCUCGAUGGAUGGGUGUUCAACGGCCAAACAACGUGUACCGCCCACUUGACACACUCUCUCGCCCAUCAGAGUGCCCUUCCCCCCCUCCCUAACCUGGUCUUCGUCGUUGGUGGCGCCCUCCAGUGUCUCUGCACUGGUUUAAUCUUCUAUUAGGAGGGGUGUCUAGUACUGUCUACUAAACUACAAUCGUGCUCGGCUCCUGAUAUCGAUUUGCUCUCUCUCUCUCUCUCUCUCUGUGUUUGACAACGCGGCAAUGUGAUAAUCAUAUGGCGGGAUCUGUUCCGUAUGGCCAUCUAUGGCGAGCAGGGAGGAGACUAGGGUCUCAGCCUCUCAGGGAUUCUAUUCGCAGGAAUCGCAGCGAUGGAGAACAAUCAAGGUCAUGGUUUGAC